AUGGUCGGCUAUAAAAUGCCGCCACGAGGAUCGGGCCCAACCAGUCGUAAUCGAUACAAGAAGCUCCAUUUUUCUAAUCCUCCUCACCUAAUCCCUCCCAUCUCGAAGGAGGUUCUUCCUGUGAAUCUAUCUAUCGCCCGACUCGAAACCAUGAAGCUCGUCUUCAGAUUCGCCCUGUUGUGCGUCGCGGUGGCCUUCGUCGCCGCACAGGAUGCCCAGGUGCAGGAACGACCAAAAACCUUCCGAAGGUUGAUACCCGCCGAUGUUCUCCGCGACUUCCCUGGAAUGUGCUUCGCAUCGACCAAGUGUGCGACCAUCGAGCCGACGAAAUCGUGGGAGCUGUCGCCAUUCUGCGGUCGUUCCACCUGCGUGCCCGCUGAUGACAACUCCGGCCGUCUCUUUGAAUUAGUAGAAGACUGUGGCCCGUUGCCCAAGGCCAACCCUAAGUGCAAGCUCUCUGACAAGACCAACAAAACCGCAAGCUUCCCCGAAUGUUGUCCGAUCUUCGAGUGCGAGGACGGCGCCAAGCUCGAGUAUCCGGAGAUCCCGACCCUGCCACCACCGAGCGAUGAGGAUGCGGCGAAGGCGCAGCCGGAAGCGCCGAAGCCCUAAGCCCGACACAAAAGCUUAAAAGGCCACCUUGUCCCUGGGAUGAAGAUUGCGGUGUAGCCUCCUCGACUCAAACAAGAUUCAAGCAAAACGAGAAGUCAUCAUGAUGUCAAAAUGCCGUCAAAGUGCCUCCAAAAUCCAACCCAAGGAACACACAAAAGUCAACAGAAAAAUCAAAAUGACCUUAUUUUGUUUCUUGAAUCAAGAAAUAAUCAAGUUUUGGAAUAAAAAAAAAAUCAUUACUUUGACUUUCAUGAUGUCAAAAUAAAGAUACAUUUUGACUUUCUCUUUGACUGAGCGUGUUCCUUCGGAACAAUUAUUAAAAGUCGCUUUUUUUUGGCCAGUCGCAGAUUCAUUUUAAAAUCAAUUUGACGCUAUCGUAACCUGUUAUUCUGUCCUGGUCAUCGGACCUGGUUAUGUUCGACGCGAUCUGUCAAUGCGAUCGAUGAGAGUCAGAUGCGGCGAAAUAUACGUUCAAGGAUUAAUUCUCCAAGAGCGAUAAAAAGACCAGCGAAACUCCUAACGUAACGCAAAGUAAACAUGCAAAAUAUAAUUUUAUUUUGUAUUGGUAAUACGAGUACCAUAAGAUCUACUUAUUAAUACGACGAAACGAUCGGUCGCGCUAUUUUACAGUAUUUUUUCGAGGAAAGGAUAAAUUGUCAUGUAAUAGCCAUCGGACCGUUGCACAUUGCGCUAUUAUAGGAAGCGGUUCUCUUUGUAUUUGGUUCAAUUAUAAAUUGUUCGACAGGAUUGUGCAACGUUUGUGCCCAUCACGACGAGGCCAUACCGCGAUUUCGCUCACCACCUAACGUGAUCUGAUCCCAUUUAAUCCAGAUUAAGUUAAUUGUAUAUAAAUUCAGGCCGCGUUUUUUCAAACUACGAGCACGAUGAAAGCUUUCCAAACGCACUCAUUCUACACCCGAUUUAUAAUCUUAUGAUCGUAAUCCCGAUUCUUUUGUUAACUUCCCCCAUGUUCUUUUAGCUGCGCAACCCUCGAACGUAUAAUUUACCUACGAAAAUCUAUAAAGAAACAGAAUAAUUUUGCAAAGUGUACAUUAAAUCUCUAUAUAAGAAGACUUGACAAAAAAUAUAAUGAAUGUCUCACGAAGAAAAAUAAAUGUAUUAAAAAAUUAAGUCGUUUUUGGUGUAUAUUGUUUCGUGAUUAUUCUAUUAUAUUUCGCACAGAAGCGUUUGAGAAGUUUAAACUUUUCAAUGAUAUAUCUUCCAAUGAUAAUCGGUAAUGGCGUAACUUCUUUUAGUUAAGUUGAUUUAAGUUGCUCUUUUUCAGCAUAUGACAAAUUAUUCCGUAGUAGAACCUGGCAGUAUGUAUCGCAAAUAUGUGUGAUUGUAAUUAUAUGUGAUUAAAUUAAUACUUAUUUAAUU